UGGAAAAGAAAGCGACACGAAGAUCUGGCAACAUUGAAGAUCAAAAAGAUCAUGGGUUCUUGAAACUACUGUUCGUGAUCACAAACGAAUUCGAUCUGAUGUCGUGCUGAUGUGCCUCCAAUUCUCUAAUUAUCAGGUCUCACAGGUGGAUAUGCGAUUCGAUUCACCAAUUGUAACUGCAUGAGUGAGUAGAGAUGCAAGAAACUACAUCAGUCGUACCUGCUCCAUAUUGACAAGGGCUCACUCACCUGCUGAUUCUAGUCCUUUAAGUAGGCCUUUAUUUUUCACUUGGAACCUCUUCAACGUACUAUCUGUCGUUUAUUGACUAGUGAUCGUCACGGAACGCGACAUUGAACAAAAUGGAAGAGGCAAAACAGGCCCUGGCGACCGCGGAGUCCCGCAAAGAGCGUCUCACCAUCGUAAAAGAGGUUGCAACGAACGCGAGGUGCACGCUGGAGCAGAAACUCACCUUCAUUUUCGGCGUCUUUUUGAACAACGAGAUCAAGAACGACAAGGAAUUUCCAGUCAGCGAAUUCGAGGCGGCUCUGCAAGCUUUGUUCUCCGCAGAAACGACGGAGCAGGCACAGGACGCCGUGCUGGAAACCUACUUGCUCGCGCACUUAGAUCUGCUGCACUACUUCCUGGGCUUCCUGUGCAAUGAGUUUAAAAACAAGGUAUAGUACAUUAUACAAGAUGUUAUUUUUUUCUCGGUCUUGGCGCAGGCGCUUUAUGUGUUGCGUAAAAGCGACGGACUUGUUUUGUUCGUAUUUGAACCAAUGACUAACGCAAGAACGCCAACGUGGACCACGUGACCUCUAUCGCCGUAUCCUCUCUGCUUUUUACGAUAACAUUUGCAAUACAAAUCGACCACAGGCAAGCUUCGACCACGCUUUGUAUUUUGAGCUGCUUCGAAAGAUUGGCGUUUGGCUGAUGGGGGAGGGUUUGCUAGAGCAGACCGCAGUCGAGGGCGAGGAGGAUUUGCCGUUAUUCUUUCCCGAGCUCUCGAAGAAGAAUUUUAAUAUCCUGAGUAAAAACGUACCCACACCAUAGUUGUCAUGCAAAUCGGCAUGCUUCAAAUGUUUCUCAUGCGGAGCCCCAUGAGAAGCAUUUUCUAAUGGUGUUUUGAAAUUUGUCAUGCUCCAAUCAGCAUGAGAGACUAGAUCUGUAAUGCUGUUGAACUAGCUCAAACAGUACUACGCUACGCGUCCAAAUUUGUCAUGCGAAACAGCCAAAGCUUGUGGAUUUGUCUAGCCGAUUCCCCAUCUUGACUAUGGGGUGGGUACGUUUUUACAUAGGAUAUUUAAACUGAAAAAGCAAUUCACGAAAACUUGGAUGGAACUUCUGAAAGCGUUUCAUCCGGAAAGGAAAUGCGCAAAAAUCCAGGACGUGUCGCAAGUGGAAGCGAAAACAGAAAAAGCGUUGAACAGCAAACAGAAAAAGCAGUUAAUCACCGCCCGGACGGACCGACUGAAGAAAAAACUUUUACUCCACCUCACCCACAUCUUCAAGUACUUAGAAUCCCCCCUGAUCCUGGCCGACUUCUACCUGCGAGAGUUCGACCGCGGCAGUUUAGAGGUGCAGAUCUGCGCCCUGUCCGGAUUGUUGUAUUUGGUGACCGAGACGCAAUUGGAAUUCCAGGAGGAUUACUAUGACCGAUUGUACUUAUUACUCCGGCCGGAAGUGUUCGCGGUGGAGUAUCGCGUGCGGUUCCAGCGGAUCCUCGCCGCGUCCUUGAUCCAGUCCAGCUCCCUGCCCGGCCAGUCCGCCGCCUGCUUCGCCAAGAAGCUGCUGAAGAUCUGCGUGCAGGACCCCUUGGUGGACAUCCCCAGCAUCAGUUGGUGCGUCGGCCUGGCGUACAACAUUGUGCGGAAAAACGAAGCCACCUGUAAGAAGUUACUCCACCGGGAAGUGGUGGAACCAGGAGGCGGAGUUGUGCAGCCGGUAACGACCCCGAGGACGCCUUCUACAUCAUCGUCUACUGCAGCAGGACCUUCGCAAGAUCAAGAAAAGAUAGCAAGAACUUCGACGAGAAUAAGGAAUAGUGCCAACGAGCAGGAAGUGCAACAAGAUCAAGGAACUCAGCAAGGAGCCUUAUCGUCAAGUUCUGAUAUUGCGCUCGGUCUCGUCGACCAGCACAGCAAGGCAACAGGAGCUGCUUCCACAUCAGCAUCAUCCAACAUGAUGAAUGUUGGCACAACUACGACAAGCGGUGAAGAGGACAAUAACGCAUCGAUGUCAAAAUCUGCUAGAGCUCCACAUCUUCAAACCAAGCAAUUAACAGCCGACCCGUUUCUGCUGACCCACACACUCGCGCAGGCACGAAGCGUGCUCGCGCAGACGUCGCUGUGGGAGUUGGACGUGUUGGCCAAGCACCAGCACCCCCUGGUGAGCCGCCUGAUUCCCUUCUUCAAGAAUCACGCGAUGUUCAAGAAGAUCGCGCAGGGGGUGGACGUCAACGAGUUUCUGGAUUUGACCACCGACGACUUGUUGGAAAAGGAGCUGAAGCACAAGCGAAAAAACUACGACGACGUCGAGGAACUGCCGGGAUUCGCCUUCUUCCCCAGGUGUAAAAAACCGAAACUGGAGGCGAGCUACAGAAGGGACCUGGAAGACGGACUUCUACGGGUGGUCGCAACUGGGAGUACUAGCAGCAGAAAAUUAUAAGCUGCAUGCUGUGGGGGCGGGCAUAUGUGAUACAGUUGAUACAACGGAUGUUGUUCUACUUGUUCUCGACCUCUCCAAUGCGGAAAUAUCAUGCCUUGUGCAGUGCUUUGUUUUCUCUUGGUCUGGUUGAUGUAGCAGGACAACAAGAAGCGAAUGCGAGCUAGGAGAAAAAAAUGUACUUACAUUACAACGACCACAUCCGCAGA